AUGGUUUACCGUCUUCAUAGCCCUCAUAAUACGACAUCUACAAAUGAAGUUUUAGUAAGUCAAGGUAAAGAGAAAAUAAGUGGAGCGACUUUGUCCAAAGGUUCGAAUUUUCAGUCAACUUGGACUUGUACGGGUAAUAUGAAUUAUGAAUCUGAUUGGCGUCGAAGAACUUGUGCAUUCAAAAAUAUCUGUUACAAUAAAGAGAGAAAAGUAUUUCAGUUUUAUCGUAAGCCAGGCAGCAUUAAAACGCCAGUUUUAUUUGACCUUAAACUUGGUCGUAUGUAUGAUUUUAAUAUAAAUAAUCAUGGCUUUGUUAGUCUUGUUGCGCGUGCCACUCAUCGUGAAUCAUGGGGACCAACAAUUGUUGAAGAAUGGUUACCACCCGUUGAUAAAGUACCUUAUUUAGAUAACGUUCAUGUUUUAUUUAUGCAUUGGCACGUAUCCUUCAAUCCUGGUCAUGUCAUUUGGGAAGACAUAGCAUCUACUUACUUUUCAAUGGUUAGGCUAAAUGAAUAUGAUAGAGAUGCUGUUCUUAUUGAAUAUCGAAAUUUUCCAAAAGAAGGAAGUCAAUUUUAUCGAAUGUAUGAAAACUUAGUUCCUGCUGUUGCUGCAGAUGUCGAUAGUCUUGAUGAUUAUACGAAUAGUUUUCCUUCGCCUCUUGUAUGUUUUCGAACUAUUGUAGCUGGUGGUGCUCAUUCAAUGUUUUCUAUUGGCAAUGAACCAUAUACACACGGAAAAGAAAGACUUCUCUAUGACUAUCGUACUGCUAUCCUACAAUAUCAUGGUGUCAAUGUAUCUCAUUUGCCAUCACGUCAUCGUAUUGUACUUGUUAACAAAACUCGGGCAUUUCGUCGUAGCUUACGUAGCAUUAAAAAUCUUGUCGAAGUUAAACACUUUAUAUAUUCGACAUAUCCAAAAAUAAAGUUUGAUGUAAUUGACUGGUCUAAAUAUGCAUUCACUCAACAAAUGCAUGAAUUAUACAAAACAACUAUAUUAAUCACACCAUGUGGUGGUAUCUCAACAAUAAUACCAUUUUUACCUGAAGGAACACAUGCAAUCAUAAUGGAUUUCUAUGUCAAUAAACAAGCAUAUCUGAAGGGCGAGAGAUAUAGAAUAGGAGAAUCAGGUUCGAUGGACGGAGCUCUUUGA